CCCGUAAAUGUCUUCACAUAUCGCGAGAACAACAACGAUGGCCAAGUGUAACGUUUGUUUUUCAUUUGGAUGAGACACAAGGGCACCAGGUUCAAAUGGCUCUUCCUGCAGCAGGAUGGCUUCUCUUGAUAUUGCUCGUCAACAGGCCAAAUGACUUCGCUGCUGCAGAUCUCCUUUCCAAACCCAAGUGCCAUAUUCCACGUGAGAACAACAACUGCGGAGAACUACAUAUUCAUUGUUUUUGGGAUCAUGCAUCAGAUCCUCAGGUCCCUGUAAAUUAUAGUCUCCACUGGAAGAAGGCGAACAGCGAAGAAGGUCAUGUGACAACCGGGGCCACUUUGAGUGGCUGUAUCAACCGUAAGGACUUUUCCAUGAACAGUGAACUUCAUGUUUGGGUCAAGGCGGAGAGCCAACGAGGUUCUGCAAAAUCCCAAGAGGUUGUCUUCAACACAGGAAAUAUCAUCAAGCCAGCCCCUCCUAAGAUUACAUGCAGCCAACAAGAUCCAUUGGAAAUUUCCUGGAAUUCCACCUGUAAUGAGGCACACCUCUCUCUGGGAUCGUGUGAUGUACGAUUUCGGACUGAAGCAGACAAAACUUGGUUUGAGGAAGACAUUGGCGCACAAGUCAACUAUGAGUUCAGUGAUGCGGUCCAGCCUGGUGUCUUCUAUGAAUUUCAGGUUCGUUGUUCCUGUGCACCAGGAUUGAUGAGCGACUGGAGUGCAAGCCACAGAAUAAGGAGCUCUGAGUCAGCCCCCACUGGAGAGAUGGAUGUGUGGAAGGAUUGCGGAGUGCCUGCCACUAAUAUUGAUUGUGUUAUAACCUGGAAGAAGCUUCCCAUAUCUCAGGCCCGUGGUCACAUCCUAGUAUAUGAAGUUAUGCUGCUGUCCAACCACGGCACGGUUGUAUUAGUCAAUGUUUCCACAGCCGAGCUGAAGGGCAGAUUGGUGUGUGAUGAGAUGCAGUGCUACCUCAACUCCUCUUUAAAGAGUGUAUCAUCAGUCAGUAUAUCAGCCUACAACGCCCAAGGAGCCACAAAACCUUCUUACCUUGCCAUCCCAAUACAAGGUAAAGAGAGCAAUGAACAAGCCAUUGAUGUCAGGAUGAAUACGGAGAACCUCAGCAUCUCGUGGGACCUGCAUUCUCAUCUCCCUGACAUCAACUCAUUCAAGGAAUACGUAGUGCAGUACAAACAAGCAGGGCGUCGUCUAGGCGAGGGAUUUGCCUGGAUGAGGGUGAACAAUAGCCAUGCUUCGGCAACAUUUGGAGGUCAUUUUGAAAAGUACAUGCCUUACCAAGUGUCGCUGUUCAAAGUCACACACAAUGGACAAAGCCAACAUGUUUCGUCUGUUAUUGAAUAUUCCCAUCAUGGAACUCCCUUGAAAGUGCCUUCAUUUAAAGUCAGUUCCAUUGCUGACACACAUGUGACCUUGUCUUGGGAGCCUGGACCGCUGACCAUGCAAAAGGGGCAGAUACUCUCCUACCAAAUAGGUGUAGAAGGACAAAUGGGUAAACAGCAACAUUGUGCAGCAACAUUGAGUGCAUGCAAAGCAGUGUACAAUGUGACACACUCACCCCAGGAUACAAGUCAGACGUUUGAGCUGCAGGAUCUAAAGCCAGAUCAGGAGUAUGAAGUGUGGAUCAAGGCUGUGACUAAAGCGGGUCCGGGACCCAACGUCAUAGUGAGGUUCAAAACAAAACAACAAGAGCGUCUUCAUGCACAAUCGCACAUAUUAGCUCUCCUGCUCUUAGUGUGUCUUCUGGUCAUAUUAGGCUGUCUUUCCAUUUCACUGAGUUUUCACAGAAGAACAAGCAAAAUGUGCGUGUGUUUAAAUGAAAGAGUUCCAGAUCCGCACAAUAGCACCAUCUUCAAAAUGAUGCAGUAUCAGAUGACUGACCCCUUGGCUUGGAUCUGCACCCCCAUCUGUGAACCACAUCCCACCAUAUCCUUUUUGGAAGUGGUGGCCAUCCAGCGGUCUUGGUAUGGUAAAGACUCCCACCCUGAAGCCCAAACAACUAAACCGUCCCUUACCUCAGGGCAGCGUGAUCAGACACACAAAUGUGCCAGAGAAGAGUACAAAAAAAUGGUUGACUCUGAUGAGGAAAAGGGCAUGAGUGGGGUGGUGGACACGGAGGAUUCUUGGAAUUCAGAAGAAGAAGAAGAAGAAGGUUUUGCAUCAGGUUACGAAAAGCACUUCAUGCCAACCUCAGUGGAUAUACUGGAAGUUUGACAAAAGGUAUUUGUAGAUUAAAGUGACUAUAGUUUUACAAUACAAUAUCUACUUUGGACAUACAAUUAGAGGUGAGGGGCUAGAGCCAAAAGAUUGUAUCAAGCAGGGAAUGUCAACAUUUCCUAUACUGUAUUUACUGGCAGUAGCUAUUUAGAAUCAGGACAAUAUAUUAUCUAUGUCUCAUAUACAAUGCUGUGAAAAAGUGCCCCCCCCCUUCCUGGUUUCUUUUUUUUUGCACGUUUGUCACACAUAAAUGUUUCAGAUCAUCAAACUAAUUUAAAUAUUAGUCGAUGACAGCACAACCCAAGUUUCAGUUUGAGGUCACCAACAGAUGGCCUGACAUUCUCCUUCAGGAUUUUUUGGGUUGAUUGCAGAAUUCAUGGUUCCAUUUAUCACAGCAAGUUUUCCAGGUCCUGAAGAAGCAAAACAGCCCCAGAACAUCACACUACCACCGCCAUAUUUUUACUGCUGGUUAGAUGUUGGUGGGGUCAGUCACUUUUUCACAUAGGGCCAUGUAGGUUUGGAUUUUUUUCUCCACAUUGAAGUGGAGAAACAAGCAAAAAAAAAAAAGAACUCAGGAAGGCGCCAACCACUUUUUUCACACCGCUGUACAAAACAGUGUUGUUAUAAUAAGGUCAAAUGUUUUCCAUGUCAUAACUGUCAACUUUUUUACAAUUGCAUUUUAACUGUGAAUAUAGACAUAAUGGGUGACUGUUUGUUGAACCCAGUGAAUCAAAGUGUUCACAUUUAAUGGUCUACUCAAUGUGCAGGCCAGCUUAUCUCGUAAAUUAAAAAAAAUAUUUUCAUGUUUCUAUUUUGUUAGCAUAAAGAUACAUUUCAAAGCUGUAUAGCUGCCUGAUGAAAGAAACAAUAACUGUUGAAAAUGCUACUGGAAUUAUGUUUUAUACUGUUAAAUUGUAUGGAUGUGGAAUGUUCUAACGGUUGCACAUGAUAAUGAAUGUAAAAUGUAGUGUUGUUUAUUGAAUACAUAAUGAACCAUCAAGAAUAUAUGAAAAAUGCAGUGUUUAUUUUAAGAUUGUAGGUUUGUGAAUGUUUUUUUCAAAUUAUGUCAUGAGUGGUUAUUU